AUGGAAACAAAUCUCUCAUAUUGUACUCGUACUGGACGUACGACUUCAGAGAAAACUAUGGAAGAUGGUAAUAUUGUCAACACUAAAGACGAUAAAAUCGCUUCAGCAUCUUUGGCAAAUUUGUAUAGUGAUCGGUCUUGUAAAUUGGCGACAAAUGGACACGAUUUUGCUGGCGAACCGUCUAGUCCCCCUGACAAGCCCUUCGAGCCGCGACGUCACAGCGUUGACACAUUGCAGGAAGAUAAGUUUCGGAAACGAAUUAACCCGCUCAGAAUACAUCUGGGUAAAAGACCCUUUGUGGAUAAUUCAAUAUCAUACAAUAGUGCGUCAAAAAAACGGAAACCAUUUGUGACUAAACCUAGUGAUAUCAGUUUACCCAAAACAAAUGCUCCCCGAGUACCUAAGUUUGUACCGAAACGUGUAGACCAUAGUCAGUUUCAUAAUGUUUCAACACACUUGGAUAGUUCACUUGAUAAUGAAGAAGACAAACCUGUGCCUCGACUUGUGCCUAAAAGCCAGCUACUGCAGUUCAAAAAAGGUAAAGUGGAAAAAGGAGCCCAGUUGAAAGAGUACGCUCAGAGUUUGGGAUUACAACCAAUGGUUAAGUUUAAAUGUAGGAAGUGUUGUUCAAUGUCUUUUAAAACUCUGGCAAUGUUAAAAGAACAUCAACUUGUUUGUAGAGCACAAGCAAAAGAGCCAGCUUUGAGUCCUGAGGCUGCACCUAACACAGAAUGUAGUACAGGGGGUCCUUCCCGAGUCACCCGCAAAGUGUACCUGUGUUCCGCUUGUGGCACAUAUUAUGAAAAUUGGAAUCUCUUUCUGCAUAUGAGAGAAGUACACAAUAGACAUAUUUGUCUGUUUUGUUUGGGAAUGUUUUCCAAGGCCGAGAAAUUAUCUUCACAUUUAACUAACAAACAUCAUGUGCAAGAGUUUAAUUAUGACAGUAAAGAAGACUUCUGUAAAGUGUAUAAUGGAACUUUUUAUUUGAUGUGCUGUGCCUGUGAUGAAAUUUGUAGUGAGAAAGAUGACUUUUUUAACCAUGAUUGUAAUAAUGUAAAGCCAAAACCUGUACCCGUACUCAUCAGUAAAAAUGCACUGAAGUCUAAUAAUGCAAAAUUUAUUAAAAAUGGUAAUGAAACUGCUAUUAAUGGACCUGCAACGGUUAAUAAGGAAUCUAUAAAACCCACAGCGGAUAAAAGAGAGUUAAGUGAAUAUAAGCCUGAGACAAUAACAUCACAGUCUCAUAAACAUGAGAUUGUAAGUAGCAGUGAAGUUGUAAAUAGUGACACUAGUGUUAGUUCUGAAAGUUUGGCAUCUACUAGCAAAGAUACAAGUAGCAACUUUGAUUCUACACUGUUGACGGAAAGUCCAAACACAAAAAUUCAUUUAAGUUCUGCUGACAGUUCAACACAAAAUUCAAACACAAAUACAGCGCAUGUCCCUAAUGGAAAUGAACAAUUAGAGCAAUCUGAUGAAAGUGACACUCCAGAUUCAGUUAGUAAUAGAGAACCAACACCUGAUUAUACACCAGUAAAGCCUAAGGAGCCGACACCACCACCUCCAGAAAAAGAUAAAGAAUGUGGUAUUAAAUUAAAAUUAAGUUUGAAUAAUGCAAAUUCUCCUGUUAUUAUCAACUCAACUGUUGAUCCCUCGAUUGGUCAACAAUAUGCUCAUAAACCGCCAUCACGCAAUAGGAGACCUCCAAAACGAUAUGAAAAGGACAAACUCCCUGAUGUUAUUACUACAACCCCUGUAAAACCCCCUUCAAUAAAAAUGACUAUAUGUGAUAAAGCUGACAGUCCUUUUGUGAAAACAACUAUUAUUGAAAACAACAAAGAGACUACGGUUAAAACACUUGUAAAUAAUAACAUUGAAACAGUUAAUAAAACAUCUGAAAUCAAACCAGAAAACACUAUAAAAUCCACUAUAUAUGAUAACAAAUUAGAAGAUAUUAAUACUUUAAAUAGGGUACCAAAAUUAACUGUUAGAGUUCCUAAGGAAUUUUUGGAUAAAAAUUCAUCUAGUGAAUACUCUUCCGAUAGUGAUUCUGGAGAGAAGUUAACCGUUGAUACUGAUAAAACACAUACUGAGGAACCAGAAUAUGAAGAAAAAAAACAUGAGACAAUGGAUAUUUCUCCCCCUAUUGUGCCCCAAGUUGAAAAGGAGAAUGAGGAACAACAAAAAGGUCAACCAGAUUCAGAACCUUUAACAGAAGAAAAAGUACAAAUAAAAGAUGAAAUCUCGCUUAAUGCUGAACCAAAAGCAGAACCCCUGGACCAGAAUUCCAAUGAAGAUAUCAAUGUUGAAGAGGCUGUUGAUCCUAUUGUGACUGAUGAUAUUCCUGUAACAGAAUUAACAUUAGAUAGGCCUAUUGACAGAUAUCCAAUGAAAGAUUUAUUAAAGGUUUUCCUCGCUUCAACAGUUUUCAACUGUAUUUAUUGCAAUCAUGUUCGUAAGAUUGCAGUAGAUUGCGAGCAGCUGGCCCUUCAUAUGGUGGCACAACACAGGUUUUCGGCUACAGUUGACAGUAUUACAGCCGAGGAGUUGAUGCCAGAGACAAUAACAUCUAAAGUGAAGGCAGGAGCUGAAGAGCUUCGUUCUAUUUAUAUUAAUUUAGACUCCUAUGAUAGUGUAGACAAGUGUGAUACAGUUCAGUUUAAUCCAAUUUUCGAAUGUUUUCAGUGUUAUUUUAAAACUGCUGUUCAUAAAGAUCUCUAUUUGCAUAACAGAAAAAUGCACCAGAAAACUAUAUUACUGUGUGUAAUGUGCAAGAACAAUUUUUAUAGUUAUAGUGAAUUAUUAUGUCAUUUAUGUCCAGGUACAUAUGAUUCUGAAUAUGUAAUUAAGUUUAGAUGCUGUUUUUGUAAUGUAGACAAUAUUUCUUCAUCAUUUAGGUUAAUGGUGCAUCUUCGAAAGAUACACCACACUUGUGACGUUUGUUUAGAACUUUGCCAAAGUCAAGCACGCUUGUCCAAUCAUGUGUGGAAACACAAGCUGCACCAUUUAUGCUAUCGUUGUGGGAUAGCUUAUAGGAACAAACCAGAUAUUACGAACCAUUUGUUUUGGAAGCAUGGCACAGAGAGUGUCCUAUGUAAAAAAUGUCUACAAAAAAAAUGGCCGCAUGUUUAUCAUUUCUGUACUCCACCAGCAGUGUUUGUUUGCGAGGAAUGCAACUUGCAAUUCACGAGAGCUGUUAGUUUAAAAGUUCAUAAGCGAUUUCACUCCGAAGAAUUCCCUCAUGCGUGUACUGAAGAAGGAUGCACAGAAAAAUUUGUAUCAAAAAAACUUCUUAACAAGCACUUAGAAGAACAUAGGAAAAAACUUAUUACAGAAAAUUUAGAUGAAGAGAAACCAGCUAUUUCAAAUGAAUCAAUACCAGAUAGUUCAAAAGAACCAAUACCGAUUAUUGAUCUUGUCGAUGAUAAAGUAAAAGAAGGAGCGGGUACUCCUGAGUGCAAGGCUGAGGCUGGAACUGAGCAAUUGUCUAAAAGAAGUAAAAAGAAGAAAAUGAAAGAUAAAGAUGCCUUGCUUCUAGAUGUUAAUUUACCAGCGUUAAAUUUAUCUGAGAGUGAUAGUAGCGACGAAUCAGAUAGUGGGAUUUCGCAACCGAGUAAAGAUGAAAAAUCUCAAGAUAAACCUGAUACUGCGCAAGCAGAUAAUUCUACAUCCAAUGUUGAGAAGGAUUCCAAAAUUACAGAUAUUGAAAUGCCGCUAAGUAAAAUAGAAGAAAAAACAGAUUUAAUAGAAGAAGAUAAACCGAGUGAACAAAAAAUUUUAGAAAUAUGGGAUAAUUUUAAUAAAUAUCAGGCUAAGGUUGAAAAACAAAAAGAAAAAACGCCACCCUUGGUACCUAUUCGAAAACAUGUAUGUGAAUCAGAUCACGAUUAUUGUCUUAUACCAACUGAGGUAAAUGGAGAUGAGAAUAUUUUUAGUUCUGAAAAAAAGAAAAAUAAAAAAUCUCCUAAGAAAAAGCACGGAAAUCUAUCAGUAUCUUCUAGCAGUAGCAGCAGCGAUAGCGAUUCGAGUUGUUCUUGUGGAUCUAAUUGUAGUUGUUCAUCAAGUAGUGGUUCUUCUUCAUCAAGUUCAUCUGAUUCUGAUUCCUCAGAUGAAUCAGGCGCCGAAAAGGAUAAGAAAAAAAGCAAACAACUUAAAAAAUCACUUCCUAGUAGAAGAUUAAGUAAUGGAUCUAAUGUUGACGUUAUGGGCAUGACAGAAACUCCUAUAUUAGUUCCAGAGAAGACUGACCCACCGAUUGCUGAGAGUGAUUUAGAAACCGUUGAAAGUGAAACAGAUGAAGAAUUCUACGAUGAACAUCCACAACAAAUUGCAAAUAAAAUGUAUAAUGAAAAGCGCAAUCAAUUAUUGCUCUUAGCUUCAGUAGCACCAUCGGAUGGAGGCUCAUUGUCAGGUGACGUUAGCCGCUGCACGACUCCAGCCAAGGAAGACACUAAAGAACAAAAAGAUGAAAAGGAAUUGAUUAAAGAAGAAGUAAAAGAAGAAGUGGAAUCAAAGGAAAAAACUAGUAGCAGCAAAAAGAAAAGUAAAAAGAAAAAGAAAUCUAGAAGUUCGCGUAAACAUGGCCCGAUAAAGAUGACCAUUCCUAAAGAUAUAAUAGCAAAAUCAGAAAUUGAACCACCACCCUUGAUUCCUAAUAAAAUUACGAUAUCUCUUCAAUCAAAUACGGUUCAAUUACCAGAUGUGCCCACUGUAGCACCAAUACCACCACCUGCCAGCGCUAGCACUCCUACCCCCUCUAUAGAGAAAAAACGAGCGUCAAAACGAAGGCGAGUGCCCAACAAAUUCUACGGUUAUUCCAGCGAUGAGGAAUCACCGCAAACUGGUGUCGCAGCUUUAAAACCACAGCUUCCGCCCAAGUUAGAAUGGAGGAAAGAAGAUUUACCUUCACCUGUAACGCACAAAUCUAAAAAGGAGAUACCAUCCACAGUCAUUCCGCAAAGACUGUUUAAUUACAAUGAACCCAUAAGGUUGACGACUCCAAUACCUGAUCCUGAGCCUCCGCGUUUCUUGAUGAACUCGGAAUCCAUGGAAUCGAGCGAUUCUGAUUCUAGCAAUGAGCCAGGCUUGGAAAUAUAUCAACCUAGCACGCCCAAUGCAGCUACAGUACCUCCUCCGACGUACUUGAAUUCCGGUACGUCCAGUUUGCCGUAUGCUUUCCAGAGGCCAGCUGCGCGUCAGGCGCGUGAAGGUGAGAGCGUGUACUGCUAUUGCCGUUGUCCGUACGACGAGGUUUCAGAAAUGAUAGCAUGUGACGCCGAAGGCUGCUCCAUCGAGUGGUUCCACUUCGAAUGUGUCGGUAUCAUGGUACCGCCUAAAGGCAAAUGGUACUGCCCGCAGUGUAGGAAGGUG